AUGGACGGUAGAAACGGCAGAGACAGUAGAGACGGUCGAAAGGUUCACGAAUUCGUGAAGCCGACCAUACCACGAAGUAGAGAUCAACCGAGUUCCCGGCCGUCAACGGCCAGGUCACAGGCCUCAGAGUCAUACCCAGACUCGUGGGUAGCCGACGAAGACCCAUGCCAUUCGAGCCGGGUUGAUCUCUUUAGGAAGCGUAGGAACUCGGUUGCGUCCACCAGAAGCAAUGCGUCCACAAUCCAGACUAGACCACAGACACCCACAAUGCCCGCUGCUAUGCGGGAAUAUCUAUCAACAGGUAAAUCACACAACGGGAAAAACAAGCAUAGAAAGGAUCCAUAUCCAAGAUCGAGACCGCGGAGCAUUUCUACUGCCAGCUAUGCUGGCACCGCUGAGUCGUGUCUAACCCCCAUUGAACUUAAAGACAGCUUCCGAAAGGAGCUAGACCGGUACAACGAGGAGAGCGACCUGCUGAGCCAGAACGAGUGGCUAGCCCCGCCCGAUCCGCGUGGCUCAACCCGACGGAUCAGCCCCAGGGAGUUCAACGAGAAGCGCAUACGGGACCUCAAGCGCUGGUCGACCGUCGAGGCGUUCAUGUACGGCACCAGCACGUCCACGCUGCGCGACACAGACACCACACACCCCCCUCAAGCGUACCGCCCCGGCACCAUCUUCAGCGCCGCGCACCACAACUCCACGACUACCGACUACAAGCACAUCCAGUCCGACGACCCGAACCUGACCGCGACGCCGUACGGCACCGUGUACUCGAAGUACCGCAAGAUGAUCGUCGUCGGCUGCUACGGCGAGCACUGCACGUACCUGCCGAUUUACACGCACAACGGGCAGGGGCUCGACAACAAGGAGUUCCUCAACGAGUACGUCAGCAUCCGCGACGUCCAGGACCCGCACCCGUUCCCGGACGAGGGCCCGAACAAGGGGCUGCGGGCCGUGAGAGACAAGGACUACCACGGCACGUUCAUCGCAGGUAAGGCGUGUGUGAAGCUUACGGAGAUACACAGCCAUCGGUACGAUACCCCGGCGACGAUCGAGGGCAGGCUCGAUGUGGAUAGCGAUUCUAGAAGAAGGCUGCUACUAACCGCGAAGUCCUCGAUUUGA